GCUGAGCCCGGACUUCCGCGAGGCCGUAACCCUGCUCCGGGACUGCCCGGUGCCGCUCCCGGGGGACGGAGAUCUCCUCGUCCGAAACCGGUGAGCCCGGCGCGCGCGCUCGCCCGCCCCGGCCUCGCCUCUCCCGGGCUGUCCCGGCCGCCUGCGUCCCCGCACCCGGCGCUCGCGGGCGCACAGCCUGACUUAGCGAGAUCUCGGGAAGUUGAACCCGCCGCCAUCUGGUGAAGGCGAACGUAAUGAGACUGUUGCUGGUGUGAAUAUCCGAUGCCACUGAACGUCCUCAUAACUGGGGGUGAUUUUAAUUUGGGAUUCCCCUCCCCUCCACCAGCCCUCCCUCCGCCCCCUCCCGCUCCCGAAAUAAAACCGACGGGACCCAGAAGCGGAGGCUUCCCGCCGUCCCACCCACGCGCACCCAGGGCUCCCGCGUGCCCAUAAUCUUUAGGGUGGAGCAGGAGCAGCCUGGACGCAAACGGCGACGUUUCCGUAAGGUGCUUCGGAGGAAGGAGGCCGGGGACCCGGCUGGCGUUUCCUGUCCGCUCCAGUGUAUUUCCGCCUCACUGAUCUCUAGUAACUGGGGAAGCAACAGGAAGGAACGGGACCUCGCUCCGUGGGAGCCAAGCCCGCGGGUCUCUCCCGCCGAGUCCACUCGCUGCCGGACUUGCAGGCGCGGUGUGCCCGGUUACUCCGUCCCUUUCGCAAGAGCAGGACUCCCCCGCCUGCUGGGUCCAGCCCGAGGGGUUCCGGCGCUGCAUGCUGCAGGUUGCAUAACACUCCGAAGGGAGGAGAAAGUCCUGAUGGUAACUACGAUGUAGCCCCGUGCGCGGGGAAGCACUCUCAGCCCCCUGCGAGGAAGACGAAGGACGGCAUGUGCUCUGCCCAACUAGCUUGGUGCAACGCGGAGCCAGGCCAUUUUGGAGAUUCACGUCAGCCUUCCAAAUAAGACUGUAGAACCGCAGAAUGCUGAUCACGAUAUAAAACUUUUGGGGAGUGGUUGGAAACGUUAACACUUAGUGAGCCGAAGGUGGGGGGAUUGAGUUGAAGCUGGGAGGGGGCGCUUUUUUAAAAGGCAGGAUGCGCGAGUCCGUUAAGAAGUCUGCGGGAGUGGGAGCGGGGCUCUGCGUUGUAGGCGAGAUGCUGCGGCCGUCAGGACACGGGUCCUGCCCGGGUAGAAAGGGGGGCUGGUGCGAGUCACGCAGAACAUAAAAGACGGACAUGCGAGUGAUUUGCUGGAAGCGGAGAUGAGCCCUCAGGCUGAAAAACAGUUUCAAAAAGUUUCCUAGUCUUUGGUUUCUUUUUUCUGGCACACACAGGGCUUGAGUAAGAUCCCUUUUAGAAACAGGGUCUGGAGUGGGGAGGGGGCCACUGAGCCUCCCUGGCGGGGAAGGUGCAGGGUGAGCGCAGGACCGGCUGUGACGAGGUGGGACCGCAGCCCGAGCCCUGGGCGGAGGCUGCUGCCGCCCGCUUCUCAGGCUCUCCCGGCCUCUCUCUGCCCGGUGUGCGUCUACUUCUCCCGUGUUCCUCCUCCUGACACUCUUCUCCACUCACGCUCACUGUCACCCCAUCCCUGCUGGGUGCCAGGACACCCCCUGGCACUGCCUCACCCGCAAGAGUCCCUGGAUUCUCAGGCCAGAGCUCUGGACCACCAGCUUUCACCGUCGGAGUUCGCUUUCACAGUGGGAGUUCAUCAGUUUGGGCUGCUUUAAGAUCGAUGCCUUUUCCCCUCUAUCUCUGCCCAGAAUCCCUUUAAUAUAAAUAGUGACUAUAUUGACAUGUACAACUUGACCUCCAAGUUCUACCUUGAAGCCGGCAACAGAAGGAGAAUGCAGGCAGCUUUCUGCCUGUUGGGGGUGGUGGGGGACCUCGGCCUCCCCUCCCUGCUCUGCUGGCCACUCUGCUCCCACCCCACGCUGCAGGGAGAUCCUUUCUUCUCACGGCCGAGGUCAGUGGAGAUGGCAUUUUCCUUUCUCUCUGAACAGAGGCUUCAUAAUUCACUGCAGGUUAGUCCAUCUUAAUUCUAGACCAAAUGUCCCCAGAACAGUGUUAAUUGCAUGAAAAUGUUAGGCAAGAGCUUCUUUUUCUCAUGGUGAAGGCUGCUCUGGAAUGAAGGGAUUCAACCCAAAUGUACUUAUUUGGAAAGGUGUGGAGGUCUGACUUCUCUUUCACUUGAACCCUUUGUACAUCUCACACCCUCAACAGAAAGUCGACAGUCUUUAUUCACCGGGGUGGGGGAGUGCUUCUGAGCGCCGGCAGGAUCGGGAUAAUCUAGGUUACCGUUCGGGAAAGGGGAGAAGGGGCGCGGGAACUCCCCUGGAACCUUCCGCCCAGGCUCCUUCUCCAGUUCUCGCCUUGCUGCUUCUUACCUCCCUGCGCGGACAACUUCAGGGCCCCCUCCAAGCCGAAUCUUCAGAAAGAAAAAGAAAGAGAGUAACACAGCCUCCGGGGAAGUCCGUUGGAGAGCUAUUUUUAGCUUUUUUUGAGCCGUAGUGACACAUUAUUUCGUUUCCAAAUAUUUCUAACGAUUUUCUGCUCCCGUGUGAGAUAAUGGAGCACAGAAUUCGAAGGAGGGGACCGGGAAAGGGGGUGGUGGUGGCGUUCGGAUGAAGGGUUUGUUACUCACCAGAGGGGAACAGCAUUUCUGCAAACUCUCCAGGCCAAUGUUUUUUUCUUUUUUUCUUCCUUCUUUAUUUUGUAUUUAAAAAAGAGAGAGUCUGGUUUGUAUGACUUUGGACUUUGUCUCCCAGGGCUGAAGGUGACCUUCGGUUUUGGUUGGAGAAAACGGCCACCCCCCCCCCCCAGACCGCCCUGUUUCACAGUAAACACGAACGGAUUCGGCACUUUUUAAUAUGAAUAAAUGGGGCGACUCUGGAAGGCUCUCUCCUGGGGGGAAGGCCAUCACUGCCCACUCUCUUUCCCGGGACCUCCCACCACCCCGCUGAGUGGGUUCUGUGCCGGGACCCCGCACUCAUUAAAAGCGCAGAUUUCAAAUUAAAGGGGCUCACGAGGAGUCUCCUGCCCGCAUCCUUCCUGGUGGGUUUUAUCUUUCCUUUCCGGGACCCUUUUCCCUUGGCACUGAUGCUCUCGAACUGGUUUCCGGUGGAGUGGAACUCAGGACUCCCAACUUGCAGUCACCUCUACCCCAAGCCCAGGUUUGUUGGUGUUAACGCCUCCGACAUCAACUACUCAGCCGGGCGGUACGACCCCUCCGUCAAGACCCCCUUCGAUGCGGGUUUCGAAGGUGUGGGCGAGGUGGUGGCCCUGGGCCUGUCUGCCAGCGCCCAGUAUGCAGUGGGCCAGGCCGUGGUCUACACGGCCCCCGGCGCUUUCGCCGAGUAUGUCGUGGUGCCUGCCGGCAUGGCCACGCCCGUGCCCGCCGCCACACCCGAGUACCUCGCCCUGCCGGUCAGUGCUGCCACCGCAUACAUCAGCCUCCGAGAGCUUGGGGGGCUGCAGGAGGGGAAGAAAGUGUUGGUGACGGCGGCGGCGGGGGGCACCGGCCAGUUUGCAGUACAGUUUGCAAAGAAGGCCAAGUGCCACGUGAUUGGAACCUGCUCUUCGGACGAAAAGGCUGCGUUUCUGAAAUCCAUCGGCUGCGACCGGCCCAUCAACUACCACUCAGAGCCCGUCGGUACCGUGCUGGCCCAGGAGUACCCCGGCGGCGUGGAUGUCGUCUACGAGUCCGUGGGGGGCGCCGUGUUCGACGAGGCUGUGAAGGCCUUGGCCGUCAGGGGGCGCCUGCUAGUGAUCGGGUUCAUCUCCGGCUACCAAACGCCCACUGGCCUUUCACCCGUGACAACAAAAGCAUUACCGGUCAGUCUGCUGAGGAAAUCGGCCAGCAUCCAGGGCUUCUUUUUGAACCAUUACCUCUCCGAGCACAGAGCAUGCAUGGAGCAAUUGGUGCAGAUGUGUGCCAGCGGAGACCUGGUGUGCCAGGUGGACCGGGGUGGCCUGUCUGCGGAGGGCAGGUUCGAGGGCCUGGAGUCCGUGUUCCGGGCGGUGGAUCACAUGUACCUGCGGAAGAACACCGGGAAAGUGGUGGUGGAACUGCCCCGCUCUGUCCACAGCAAGCUGUAGAAGCAGGACAGCCGCGUAAAUCAGAGGGGAAGGCACUUGAGGCUUCAGAACCACUUCAGCCGAUUUAUUUUUAGUCGGUAACAGAGAUAAUAUUUCUUAAAACCAAAGUACUGUGUUAAUGCAUAGGUUUCUCUUUUUCCUUCCUUCCUUGCUUUCUUUCCACCCCCCCCCCCCUUGAAAAAAAUAACGUGCUCCUAAAACUUUCUUCUGUGGCUCAGGGGUAGAACCUUUACAUUCAGCCCGUUGGUCAAAGACAGUCUCGUUCCAGAUUUUAUUGUUCCUGGAAACUAAAUUAAUUCCUGAUGCGAGAGUUGAUCAAACCAGGAUGUCUUUGGCUUGAUGAGAUUUUAAAAUUGGUCAUGAAAAUAGUUCACAAAUUCUUUGCUUUGGCGGGGUUUGGCCUCAGGCUAAUAGGUAGUUAAUAAACAAGACUCGAUGUAAAACUCAGCCGUAUCUCUACAGUGUCCACAUUCUCAGGAAAUGGCCCCUUUGGUUCCUGUGAAUUGCUAGCCAACUGUCUAAACAGAAAGUUGGAGGAAUUCUCCCCUAACUUUGGUCCGUAUUGAUUAUUAGAAAAAAUGAGUACAUGAGUGCAGGCCUGUUUUGAAGAAGGGUCCCGUGUGUGCCGCAGCUUGUGCUGGGCCCAUAUGGGAAUGAAAUGUUUCUCUCCUCCACCAAGAAGCAAGCUAAUGCUGAAAACCAACACAGACAGAAGCAGGUCUGGGGCGGAUGACAGGGAGUCAGGGGGCCUGAACGACUUGACUUGGGUGUGCUCCAUCCACAGCGAGGGUCCCCGUAACCGAACAAGGGCAAGCCACCCUGGGCGCACCACAGGAGGUGCCUGACAGAUGCCUGGGCUGGGACUGACCGCUCGUCACUGGGCGGAGCCGGGAGCAAAGCAAUCGGCAAUAACAACACACGGGCCCCACGGCAGAGGGGCCAGGCAUGGAAGGUGUGCUUCACCGCUGAUGCUGGGCACAGAAUAGCCACCCCUGCUCCUACCCUUGCAUUUUCCUUCUCCCCCGGUUCUGGUUGGGUGAGAUGCUGCUUGUCCUGUCGGCUGAUGUCACACAGGAACGUAACGGGUCGCAUGUCCUCCCCUGUGAAUGAUGCCUGCAGCUGACCUGCUGGGCUCCCAACCCUCAGCCCUCUGAGGACUGCUCCAGCCUGCCUCGUGAACUUGGGAGUCCCACGGCGCCUGUCUCCCCGAAGGCAGGGUCCGCCAGAUUAUUUCUCAAACCCCGGGGUUUCCGUGUCUCCCAUGCUAAGUAAACACGAAGACAAUUAAAGGUGGUCCAGAACUCUCA